AUGUCGGGCUUUGAAGCAGUCUAUACACCCGACGCUUGUGCACCUCUCCCUCAGUUCUCCCAAGCCGUCAAAUACAAUGGCAUGGUCUACUGCAGCGGGUCCAUCGGCAUUGAUCCCGCAACCGACGAUCUGGUCCCCGGUUCUGUCACGGACCGAGCUCGCAUGGCGCUUAAGAAUCUUCAGGUCGUGCUCGGAGCCGCUGGCAGUAGCCUGGACCGUGUGGUGAAGGCCAAUGUCUUCUUGGCUGACAUGAAGGAUUUCGGGGCCUUCAACACCGCGUGGGAUGAGUUUUUUCCUACUGAGCCCAAGCCUUGUCGGACUUGCGUCGCUGUCCAUCAGCUGCCUUUGAACACAGAUGUUGAGAUUGAGGUUACAGCUGGCUAUCAGUUAUAA